GAUAUUGUUUUAAAAAAGUGAAUGGAUUAAAGUGUAACACAAGUUUUGUUGUUGCCAAUGUGGAUGUCCCAGAAGAGAAAUUUCACUAAAAGAAAAGCCCAUGAACUUGUUAUGUGAGAUGUCCUAGAGCAGGAUUUGUGUUGUCCUCCAAGUGAUUUUAGUGAGGAGGCAAUAUGAUGAGAGAGGAGGAGACCGUGGAGGAAGGGGAGGUGGUUGUGGUUGUGCCUGAGAGAGCUGUUCAUGUUGGUGACCCAUAUCCUGGUACUAAUGUUAAGGAAGGAGCUGAUCCAUUGGCACACAGGUUUGAGAUAAUAGCUGCCUGUGUUAUGGGAUUGAGUACAUUCUCUGGAGGUGUACUGGAAGGCUACACCUCCCCUGCCAUACCCACACUCCUCCAGGAAGGAUCCACAGACAAUCUUACUGAAGUUUCCAAUUUUCUGGACACCAGUAUCAGUGCCACUAUCAGCCCAAGCUUCAGUAACACAACAGAAUUUGAUGCUUAUAACAACAGCUUUCUUUUGAAACAAACUGAAUCAGUUUAUAACUCAGCUGUUGUUAUGAAUAAUGGAUCAAAGAUCAGUGAACAAUUAACUGAUUUGUACCUUACAGAGGAG